GCAAGACAGUUGCGUCGUCGUAGUUGGUAAAUAAUAUUGCUCUUAUUUUAUCGUCUGUUGAAAUUUUUUUAAUAUCUUUUGUACAUCAAUUGUAUGUAAUUACAUUACCAAAAAAGUGCUUUGAAAAAUUUAAUUUCAAAAUUAUUAACAUACAACCGAGAACUCCAAUUCACACGGAUUUUUUUUUUUUUUUUCAUUAAUAAGAUAAAUUAGCGACAAAAAUGAGUCAGACCGUACAAGAUAAAGAAGCAAAUAUGGAUAAAAAAGAAAUUGCAGAUGAAGAACGUGAAAAAAUGUUAAACGAGGAAAACAUGGAACUACAUGGAAAAAUGGAACCAUUGAACAUUGAGAGUGAAGGAGAAGAACAAAAACCUAAACGUAAAAUUCCCAUUGGUGGAAUAAAGAUGCCUGGUUUUUGUCGUACAAAAAGCAAGGAGCUUGGCAAGGAAGAUGGUAUAAAAACAUCUGAAUCAACUGCUGACACUGCAACUGAGGCAUUAACUCCAAAAGAAGAUAAUAACUCAACAUCAGCAACAAAUGAAACUAAAAAAGAUGGUAAAUUAAAUCUUCUUAAUGCUAUAAGGCUACCAAUUGUAACAGCUGUAUCAUCAUUUCCAACAUUAAAACGUAAUAAACAACAAAAUGAUGCUGAAAUGGGUAAAGUUGGAUUAGCAAGUGCAGGGGAAACACUUGAUAGUCCUACAACUGAUGAUAAAAAUCAAAUAAAUGAUGAUGGAAUGGAAACAGUACGUUUAGAUGGUAAUGUUGAUAAUAAUGACGAUCAACAGCCAUCGAAAAAUUAUCCACUAUAUGAAUUUAUUGAGGUAGCAAAAAGAAAUCGUUUUAUAACUGGUGCUAUUAUUGGUAUAAUUUUACUAGGAAUAAUAAUAAUAAGUAUUGCAUGUACUGGCCCACAAAGAAUUGCCAUUAUGCCAUUAAAAGAUGGUAAAUAUAUGGAAGCUGUAACACUUUGUGGACGCGUACAAGGUAUUCUUGAAGAUGGUGGUUUUGCAUUUCGUGGUAUACCAUAUGCUGUACCACCAAUUGGACCAAAUCGCUGGCGUCCAGCUGAACCAAUGCGUCGUAUACAACAAUGUUGGAAUGGUACAUAUCUUGCUUAUAAUUCAUCUAAUAUGUGUAUACAACGUGAUACAAAUGGUAAAAUAUAUGGUAAUGAAGAUUGUCUUUAUCUCGAUGUCUUUACACCACAAGUUAGAUAUGAUACACCAUUACCAGUUGUUAUUAUGAUUGGUGCUGAAACAAUGAGUGGUGGUUCACCUGGUAUAUUACAACCAUCAGCAAAACUUUCAAAAGUACGUGAUAUGGUAUUUGUUAGACCAAAUUUUCGUAUGGGUGUUUUUGGUUUUUUAGCAGCAAAACCAUUAUCAAGAUCAACUCAUUUACCAACAUCUGGUAAUUAUGGAUUAUCUGAUAUUGUUGCUGUAUUAAAAUGGGUACAAUUAAAUAUACAACAUUUUGGUGGUGAUAGAUCAGCUGUAACUGUUUGGGGACAUCGUGCCGGUGGUACACUUGUUACAAGUUUAUUAGCAGCAUCAAAAUUAAUUAAUGUCAUAAAUCAUGCACAUCCAAAAGGUUCAGAAUUAUUUUCACGUGCAUGGAUAUCAAGUCCAAGUAUUGUAUUACCAACAAAGGAACUAUAUGAAGCAGAAAAUUUAGCUGAACCAUUUUUACGUACAUUAGGAUGUUCUGAUGCAUUGUGUCUUAGAAAUAAAACUACAAAAGAUAUUAUGGAUGCAGUACCAUCAAAUUGGUAUGCAGUUGAUUCAACACUUCCUGAAUCACAAGAAGCAUCAGAUAAUGAUGAUAAUAAUAAAAAAAAACAUGAAUGGCUUGUUUUAGAUGGUGUUAUAUUACAAGAAAACCUUUAUGAUACAUUAAAACAAAAUGAUGGAUCAAAAAUACGUAUUGUUUUUGGUACAACAGCACAUUCAGCAAUACCAUUAAGAUUUAAAGAUACAAAUAUAACAAUGGAUAAUUUACAAAUUGAAAAAAUUGUUAAAGAAUCAUUAUUAGGAACAAUUGGUGUUGCUGAUGAAGCAUUAAAACGUUAUAAUUCAACAAUAAAAGGUCUUGCUGGAAUGAUAUCUGAUAUUCGUGUUGUAUGUCCACUUUAUAAUUUAACAUCUGUAUUAUCAAGGAAUAUAUCAUUUUAUGUUGCAACACAAGCACGCGAUGGUAAUAUGCACGCUGAUAGUGACAGUGAUGUUGCAGCAAUUUUAGGCUCAUACAUAUUAAAAACACCAGAGGCAAAAAGACAUCAAUCAGCUAUACAACAGUUUUUCAAUCAAUUUGUAUGGCAUAAUAGAAUUAUUGAUGCAGCAAGUUCAAGUAAUCCAGAUAAUCGUAAUCGUCGUGUUAUUGUUGUUGGACAAGAUGUACUUCCAGAGUAUGAAUAUCCAAAUUGUGAUUUUUGGAUUAAAAAAAAUAUUGUGCCCAAAUAUGCUAGAAUUGAUUAAAUAAUCAUUCAAUUGUCCUUGAAUUUUUUAAUUAAAAAAAUUCAAUGAGUAAUUUUUUUUUUUUUUUUUUUUAAUGUACACAUUCACUUUACUUAAAUGCCCGAAAAAGGCAUGAAGCCAUUUUCAAUUAAUCAGUAAAUAAAAAUAUAUACAUGAAAAAAAAAAAAAAAAAA